CGGCGGCGGCGGCGGCGGCGGCGGCGGCCAGAGCCCGGCAGGGGGCGAGCGCGGAGGUGCGGGCCCGGACCCGCCGCGCGCCCAGCCCCAGCUCGCCGGCACACCCCGCCCCGCCAGCCCGGGCCCUACCUGCGGCGGCCGUCGGGGGCAGGGCACGGGGGGGGGGGGUGCCCCCAGUUCCGCGGAGCCGCAUGAACAAUAGGCGGCGGCGGCUCCUGCGGGCGGCGGCAGCCCCGCACCCUAUGGGUCGGCCGCUCCAUGGAGCCCUCCAGAGCGCUGCUCGGCUGCCCGGCCGCCCCGCCGGGGCAGGAUGGAGCCGGGGCCGAGGAGGAGGAGGAAGAGGAGGAGGAGGCGGCGGCGGCGCCCCCCGGGGAGCUGGGCUCCGACGCGCCGCUGCCCUACUGGACGGCCGUGUUCGAGUACGAGGCGGCGGGCGAGGACGAGCUGACCCUGCGGCUGGGCGACGUGGUGGAGGUGCUGUCCAAGGACUCGCAGGUGUCCGGCGACGAGGGCUGGUGGACCGGGCAGCUGAACCAGCGGGUGGGCAUCUUCCCCAGCAACUACGUGACCCCGCGCAGCGCCUUCUCCAGUCGCUGCCAGCCCGGCGGCGAGGACCCCAGUUGCUACCCGCCCAUCCAGUUGUUAGAGAUUGACUUCGCGGAGCUGACGUUGGAAGAGAUCAUUGGCAUCGGGGGCUUUGGGAAGGUCUAUCGAGCGUUCUGGGUAGGGGAGGAGGUGGCCGUGAAAGCCGCUCGCCACGACCCUGAUGAGGACAUCAGCCAGACCAUCGAGAAUGUCCGUCAGGAAGCUAAGCUCUUUGCCAUGCUGAAGCACCCCAACAUCAUUGCCCUCCGGGGCGUGUGUUUGAAGGAACCCAAUCUCUGCUUGGUCAUGGAGUUUGCUCGUGGAGGACCGCUGAAUAGAGUGUUGUCUGGGAAGAGGAUCCCCCCGGACAUCCUGGUGAAUUGGGCUGUACAGAUUGCCAGAGGGAUGAACUACUUACAUGAUGAGGCCAUUGUCCCCAUCAUCCAUCGUGACCUUAAGUCCAGCAACAUAUUGAUCCUCCAGAAGGUGGAGAAUGGAGACCUGAGCAACAAGAUCCUGAAGAUCACUGAUUUCGGCCUGGCUCGGGAAUGGCACCGAACCACCAAGAUGAGCGCCGCAGGCACCUACGCGUGGAUGGCACCAGAAGUCAUCCGUGCGUCCAUGUUCUCCAAAGGCAGUGAUGUGUGGAGCUAUGGGGUGCUGCUUUGGGAGCUACUCACUGGGGAGGUGCCCUUCCGAGGAAUCGAUGGCUUAGCAGUGGCUUAUGGAGUGGCCAUGAACAAACUGGCCCUUCCCAUCCCUUCUACCUGCCCAGAACCUUUUGCCAAACUCAUGGAAGAUUGCUGGAAUCCUGACCCCCAUUCCCGACCAUCCUUCACGAAUAUCCUAGACCAGCUCACUACCAUUGAGGAGUCUGGUUUUUUUGAAAUGCCCAAGGAUUCCUUCCACUGCCUGCAGGAUGAUUGGAAACAUGAGAUUCAGGAGAUGUUUGACCAGCUCAGGGCCAAGGAAAAGGAGCUUCGCACGUGGGAGGAGGAGCUGACCCGGGCCGCGCUGCAGCAGAAGAACCAGGAGGAACUGCUGCGGCGGCGGGAGCAGGAGCUGGCCGAACGGGAGAUCGACAUCCUGGAGCGGGAGCUCAACAUCAUCAUCCACCAGCUGUGCCAGGAGAAGCCGCGGGUGAAGAAGCGCAAGGGCAAGUUCCGCAAGAGCCGGCUGAAGCUCAAGGACGGAAACCGCAUCAGCCUCCCUUCUGAUUUCCAGCACAAGUUCACCGUGCAGGCCUCCCCCACCAUGGAUAAAAGGAAGAGUCUCAUCAGCAGCCGCGCCAGCCCUCCUGCAAGCCCCACCAUCAUCCCUCGCCUUCGAGCCAUCCAGUUGACACCAGGAGAGAGCAGCAAAACCUGGGGCCGUAGCUCCGUCAUCCCAAAAGAGGAAGGGGAGGAGGAAGAGAAGCGGGCCCCCAAGAAGAAGGGACGGACGUGGGGGCCUGGAACGCUGGGUCAGAAGGAGCUUGCUUCAGGAGAUGAAGGAUCCCCUCAGAGACGUGAGAAAGCCAAUGGCUUAAGUGUCCCAUCAGAAUCUCCACAUUUCCACUUGGGCCUCAAGUCCCUGGUAGAUGGAUACAGACAAUGGUCCUCCAGCGCCCCCAACCUGGGAAAAGGCCCAAGGAGUAGCCCCGCUCUGCCAGGGUUCACCAGCCUUAUGGAGAUGGAGGAUGAAGACAGUGAGGGCCCGCGGAGCGGGGAGAGCCGUCUCCAGCACUCACCGAACCAGUCCUACCUCUGUAUCCCAUUCCCUCGUGGAGAGGACGGGGAUGGGCCCCCCAGUGACGGCGGAGCCCACGAGGAGCCCACCCCCGUCAACUCAGCUACCAGUACCCCCCAGCUGACACCCACCAACAGCCUCAAGCGGAGUGGCAGCCAGCACCGCCGCUGUGAGGUGGCCCUCCUGGGCUGCGGGGCCGUCCUCGCCGCCACGGGCCUGGGCUUCGACCUCCUGGAGGCGGGCAGGUGCCAGCUGCUGCCCCCGGAGGAGCCCGAGCCGCUGCCCGCCCGGGAGGAGAAGAAGCAGCGGCGCGAGGGUCUCUUCCAGAGGGCCAGCCGGCCCCGCCGGAGCACCAGCCCCCCAUCCCGGAAGCUCUUCAAGAAGGACGAGCCGCUGCUGUUGCUCGGGGACCCCUCGGCGUCCCUCACACUGCUCUCGCUCUCCUCCAUCUCGGAGUGCAACUCUACCCGCUCCCUGCUCCGCUCCGACAGCGACGAGAUUGUGGUAUAUGAGAUGCCCGUGAGCCCGGCCGAGGCCCCGCCCCGGGCCCCUUGCACCCACAACCCCCUGGUCAAUGUCCGAGUGGAACGUUUCAAGCGAGACCCCAACCAGUCCUUAACGCCCACCCACGUCACCCUCACGGCCCCAGCGCAGCCCAGUGCUCACCGGCGGACUCCUUCUGAUGGGGCCCUCAAGCCCCCUGCCAUCACCACCGACUCGGCCAGAAGGAGCCCCUCCAGCAGCGGGCUGAGCGCCAGCCCCGGAGCAGGACCACUGAAAACCCCCAGCCCCAGCCGAGACCCAGGCGAGUUCCCCCGGCUGCCCGACCCCAAUGUGGUCUUCCCCCCGACCCCACGCCGCUGGAACACACAGCAGGACUCCACCCUGGAGAGACCCAAGACCCUGGAGUUCUUGCCCCGGCCACGCCCUUCUGCCAACCGGCAACGGCUGGACCCUUGGUGGUUCGUGUCCCCCAGCCACGCCCGCAGCGCCUCCCCGGCCAACAGCUCCAGCACUGAGACGCCCAGCAACUUGGACUCGUGCUUCGCCAGCAGCAGCAGCACGGUGGAGGAGCGCCCGGGGCUGCCGGCCCUGCUCCCCUUCCAGACUGGGCCCCUGCCCCCCGCCGAGCGGACGCUGCUGGACCUGGACGCCGAGGGCCAGAGUCAGGACAGCACCGUGCCGCUGUGCCGGGCCGAAUUGAACGCACACAGGCCUGCCCCCUACGAGAUCCAGCAAGAGUUCUGGUCGUAGCGCGGGGAGC